UGGACCUAUCCUCCAUGAUCUUAUCUAGUUCUUUUUUGAACUCUCUUACAGUCUUGGUCUUCACAACACGGAUUUCAGUGGGAGCUAAAUGCAUAAAUAGCUUUUAGGGAUCUGGACCUGAGUGUUUAUAUGGUUGCUUUGGGCUUUUGAUCACUGGAGAGGAACUUUUAAAUUGCUAAAAAUUAUUUUAAUUGAUUUUUUGUUUUGUUUCAGGGAAUAUUACUUUAUUCACUUUGAGUGAAAUUUACCUCCAGGCAGAAGGCCUGUCCACCAUUUAAUUCCUCAAAUUAGGGCUGAAUUGAAAAGUAAAAAGUGCACAGGUCUCUCUUUGGGACCCUGUGUAUAGGAUGAAUUUCACUGAUUACAUUUUGGUCAUUCUCCAAAACCUAAACUUCUCUUCUAACUGACUUGAUACUGUCCCUUAAAGCUUUACAUCAUGGAAAUCAAGAUUACAGUAUAGAAACACACGUGGUUAUGAGGGUAAGCCAUGUCACUUUCCUCCAGAUGUCUGUUUUUCCUCGCAGAGUUUUGUAUAGCACAGGAGGAAACGGUUGAAGCGGGAUGCAGCAGUACAUCACUAUGGAACAUCUCUGUACAAUGAUAUUAUCAUCUUGCAACAUGGUCAUCGUAUAUUGGAUGAUAGCUCAUUAUUGAAAAAAUGUCUCCCAUAGGAAGCAGUCUAGGGGCUUUCAACUAGGAAUUUCUGACACCCCCUACCGCAACAGUUGCUAUUUCUGAACUAAUUCUCUCACUCUGGGCCUCCGCGUUUCAAUGAGGACUCAGAUAAAAAUAUUUCUCUUCCCCUGGGGGAGGCAUUACAAGGCACUGUUGAGGCCUUUACGCCUCAUUCCCUGGUAAGUGAAUUUUAGCAUGUGUUGUGUAGUUAAUUUUAGAAAAGGUAAUGUCUGUUAUAUGUAGUUAAUAUUUUGUAGCAAAUACUCUCCCAAAUAACUUUGUGUGUAUGUUAAUUAUGUAGUGAUAAUGUAGGACUAUGCUGUAGGACUUGAAAUGUAUGUAAAUAGAGAAUCGACACUUCAUGAGAAGAUACCCACAAUUAUAAAUAUUGGUCCUGUUUCUGCCACCCUUAUUUACCUUCAGUUGUACCUAUCUGUGUGGGUAGCCCAUUGGCUAUUAAACAUAAAGACUGCUUAUGUGCAUCAUACACAGUUAUGGGUAAGGCAUGUAGAAUCUGGGACAUUAUGAGCAAUAGGGUAGUCCCUUUUCUUGAUUUUAUUUUUUCAAUUAUUUUUCUUUUUAAACAGGCCAACUGGAUCUAGAAAAAAGGAGAAUAAAUGUCUGUACUUAGGCUUUCUCAUCGUGGGGGAAAUUGUGCCUCAGGAAGACAAACUGAAUCAUCAGGCAUGGAGCCUACAUUCUGAAGUGAAGGACAGUACUCCUAAAUAAAGAGGAGCCAAUAUACUGUUACACACCCCACAACUUCACCCGUGACCAAGCCUUGUAUGCCAGAGGAUAUUGUUGGACAGAACUAAUAGAUGCCUUGCCAGGAGUUGAUGCCAGCCAUUGGCCCUCCUUGUUUGAGCAUAAGUUCCUUCCUUAUGCACUGCUGGCUUUUGCUGGCAUAAUGUACAUUCCAGCUCUUGGCUGGGAGUUUCUGGCCUCCACCAGACUGACUUCUGAGCUUAAUUUUUUGCUUCAGGAGAUUGAUAACUGCUACCACCGUGCAGCAGAAGGGCGUGCACCAAAAAUAGAGAAACAAAUACAAUCCAAAGGCCCUGGGAUCACAGAGCGGGAGAAAAGAGAAAUAAUUGAGAAUGCAGAAAAGGAAAAAAGCCCUGAGCAGAAUUUGUUUGAAAAAUACCUGGAAAGAAGAGGGCGAAGUAACUUUUUAGCUAAACUUUAUCUUGCAAGACAUUUAUUUAUCAUAUUUUUAAGCAUUAUACCAAUUACAUAUUUAUCCACCUACUAUGCUACGCAGAAGCAAAAUGAGUUUACGUGUGCACUAGGAGAGCCUCCUGACAAAACGAGCAGCUCCAAGUUACACAUCAGGGUGAACUGCAAGCUGCCAGCUGUCCAGCUGCAACGGAUAAUUGCUGGGGUAGACAUUGUCCUCCUCUGCUUCAUGAACUUGAUCAUUCUCAUCAACUUAGUUCACCUUUUCAUAUUCCGCAAGUCUAAUUUCAUAUUUGAUAAACUGAACAAGGUUGGAAUAAAGACCAAGAAACAGUGGCAAAAGUCUCAGUUUUGUGACAUCAAUAUUUUAGCUAUGUUUUGCAAUGAAAAUCGGGACCAUAUAAAAUCCCUGAACCGCUUGGAUUUUAUAACAAAUGAAAGUGAUCUGAUGUAUGAUAAUGUGGUGCGCCAGUUGCUGGCAGCGCUGGCCCAAUCUAAUCAUGAUGUCACGCCAACGAUGCGUGAUUCAGGGAUUCAGACUAUAGACCCCAGUGUCGAUCCAGCAGACAUUGAUGCCAGUGAACAGCUCGUCAUUAAGAGACCUAGGAAGAAGAUGAAAUGGAUCCCAAGUAGCAAUCCACUUCCGCAGCAAUUCAAAGAGCAGUUAGCUAUUAUGAAGGUUGAAAACCACAAACCUGAAAAGCCGAAGCCAGUGCGCAGGAAAACAGCAACUGAUAGCCUUAUCGCUCCUCUGAUAGAUUCCACUUCAAAAACCUUACAGCAAUCAUCAUCUCAUAAAACUGAGUCAAACACCAUCUCCAGCACAGGCAACGAGAAAAAACAUAUACGGCACUUUUCACUGGACGUUCACCCAUAUAUACUUAGCAGUAAAAAACCCAAGCCAGAGAUUCAAGCCAUUGCCUCAAUGCCUACAUCCAAAAGCCAAGAGGGUGGAUUUUUAAACCAAGAGGAAAAUGUCGUAGUUCAUGUCGCCUCUUCUCUCAAAGUCAUCCCACAUCAUGAGAAAGAGAUUCCAUACUCAUCUGAGACAUGCAGAACUGUCCCUGCUGCUGGGACUUACCUCUCCUGUAAUCACAAUCAUAUAGCAACAACUACUGCUGCUGCAACAAAUACAACCCUGAGCCACGUCAAACUAGAACCAACAGCUGCACUGAAUCGUAAUCCUACUCACCCUCUGCUGAACGUCAAUACACUGUAUGAAGAUCACGAGGAAGAGGUUUCCAACCUUACAGACAACAGUAUUCAUUCACCAACCGAUGCAGGGGAAAUACUCUCCAUACCUACCCCAAAGCACAUAAUGAUGGCAACAUUUGAAGAACCAAGGGCAAUAGUGAGUUCUGUGGAGUACUAAAGAUAUAGUGCUGCAUGGAUAUAACCUAAUGGUUAGGUCCAGUACCACUGUAAUGGAACCCUCAACAAUGCAAUUCACUGCAUGAGCAUGGAGAGUUUUAAUACAGACCAUAGGCUUUGGUAAUACCACAAAUUGAUUUUUCAGGAUAGCAUCAUCACCACUGUCACUAGUUUGCAAAAUAGAAUAAUAAAAAAAAAUCGGAUGAAAGUACACCUUUACCUCCAAGAGCAUCCAAGCACAAAAAGUUAGCUGUAGCUUCAUCAAAUAAAUAUGGAUCAAUACAACUUUUGAAACACUAAAAGAGUUUGAUGGCAUGUCACAGUGGUUUUUACAGAGCACUUGUAUCCUUUGUAUUUACAAUGGCUAAUUAAAGUUAAAUAGAUAUUGGUGAGGUGUAUCUUCUAUUUUAAUGGCAGGAGUUAAAUAAGAGUUUAAUAAUAAGGAAAAUAUAUUUUUCUCCAUGGACUUUAUGAAAAAGACAUAUGCAAGAAACAUUUUUUUUUUGUUUCUUUGGCUCACUUGUGUUGGGCUUGAUGGAGGUUUAGGAUAAGGGCUUACUAACACCAGCAUAUAGUGCAAAAAGGAUUGAAAUGCUUCAGUCCGUUGAAUUUGUGAGUGAGAGGUAUGCCCUGCCCUUUAACAAGCUUAUAUGUCAAUGGAAGAUGAUGAAAUGAAGAGUUUAUUUUCUUAAAUAUAUUUUACCAUUGAAAAAUUACUUUAAUAGCUUUUCAAAUCAGGUUUUGCUUUUAUCAAAAUAGAGAGAAGAGGGUCAUUCUAGCAGCUUAUUUUUGCAUAGUCUAUUUAUGAACCAAGUUAGAAACUUUCAAAGGUGCUUCACUGAUAUGAAAAAAUCCUACAAUGGUGAUGCAGUGUAAAACCAGCAAUGUUUUCAAAUAAUGCAGAGUUAAAGAGGAUUGUUAAUUUAUGUUUGCAGUCUCUCCUAGGCUCUGAUCCAGCAAAGCACUUAAGCACAUGCUUAACUAAGCACGUGAGUAGUCCCACUGAAGUCACUUGAGAAUACACACAUGCUUAAAGUUUGAGCACAUGCUUAAGUGGCUUUUCUGGAUCUGGGCCAUAAUGUAUAUGGACAAUAAUCCUGCAGCAUGUGCUGUCAUUCUGGUUCAAAGUUUGUCUUCCUUGGUCCAAAGUACAUCCUCAUGCCCAUUCAUCCUAUAACUUGGACAUGUGAGAUUUUAUGAGAAAAUUCUAAUAGAAGAAAAAAAUCUGCUAAAAAUGUAUCAUGCAAUAACCAUUCUCCUCAAAAGUCUAGUCUCACAAGAAAAGACUAUAUUAAAAUGAUAUUCACAACUGCAUUCAAAAUUAUGAACUACUGUUUGCUUCAAAAUUCUGUAUGGUGGUAGAAAAAAUAGAGAGCACAAGUAUGGGACUGAAAUCUUAAAUAUAUUUUUAAUUUAUAUUACCUCAGACAUGGAUAUAUGAUACCAGUAUUUAAU